AUGAGAAUCGUGGUAAACCGCGCCGUUGCAUUGCAACCACUGCCCGGCCUCCCCAUUGCAGUGCACAACACGGACCGUUGCCAGCGGCCAGUACGCCCCGAGGCCCCAACCCCGCCGGAAGCGCCCGUGACUGAAAGUGCAGAGGCUCGCUGGCAGCUCUUGGAGCCCGCGGAGGGCGCGCCGCGGCCGGCGAAGCGGGAUGGCCACAGCGCCGUCGUCGACGCGGCCUCGCGGCGACUCCUCGUCUUUGGCGGCGAAGGAGGGCGUUUCAACUUCCUGAACGACGUCUGGGCCUUCGGCCUCGAGGCGAAGACUUGGGAGGAGCUGGGCACGGCUGGGCCUCGGCCCGGGUUUGGGACCGGCGCGCCGAGGCGACGGGCCUUCGGCUUGGAGGAGCGGGGCGGAGAGGAGGCCGCCGCCUCCCUGGCUCCUGGCGGGCGCUUCGCGCAGGAGCUUCCUUUGCCCUGGCUUCGGUUGCGAGACAUCCUGGAAGAUGCCGCUGAAGGAAGCACCGGGGAAGAGAAUGAGCUUCCCCCCUUCACGGCCACCUUCGUCCUUCCCCUGGGGCUUUUUGCGGAAGAGACAUAUGCUUUGAUGGAUCUUGGCCGCUGCGAGUAUACAGCCAAAGUGCAGCAGAUGGGCGAGGAGGUGCCGAACGCACUGAUCUACAACGAAGCGAAGCUGACCUUCUUGAGCAACAGUGCAGAGGCCUACCCAUCUGACAAGAAGAAGGCCAGUUUCCGCGCAGCAAUUCUGGAAGCGAAGUUUCGGUUGAAGUCCUGCCACAGUCCGAUCCGCGUAGUGACCACGCAUCUGCCUGGGAAGCCUUUCGGUCCCGCUCGCCGGGAGUUCUGCAAGUGCCUCAAGACCAUGCUGGCGAAAGACAAGCAGCCAACUCUCCUGCUGGCAGACCUCAACUUCCCGGAGGAGGGCUCCUUGCUGCCGAAGCGGAUCGACAGCAUCGGCAUCAUCCCGGAAGGUUCCAAGAUCACGGCCGGGGUCUUCCGUGCACGUCAGGAUGCGGCGGGUGCAAAGCCGCCGAAGCCCUGUGAGCUGGCGGAAGAGCUGCUGGAGGGCUGCGGGGCGGCCGUGGAGCUUCUGGAGUCCAGGCUGCAUGAGGAGCUGGAUGUGAAGACCUUGGCUGCCAUGCCUGCGAAGGACAACGACGCCAGCCCCUUAGCGGGGAAUGCUGGCAGCGCUCUCCUCAAGGCCCAGCAACCGAUUCCUAAAAAGACCGAAGGCUUCCGACAGGCCCAGCAACCGAUCCCCGAAGAGACCGAGAGCCUCCGACAGGCGCAGGCCUUGCAGACUGGCCUGCGCUUGGAAUCCGAACCUGCGGGGAGUCAGGAAACCGCCACCGGAAACGUGGUUAUCGGCGGCUGGAUGCGCUUGAUGCGCCUGCGCGAGAUGGCGCGAGAUGCAGCCUUGGAUGACGUCCCGUGCGCGGAUGAAGAACAUGCAUAA